GUUUUGGUUUGUCCAUGCAACCGUGAGGCCCAACAGAUACGUUAGUUCACAAAUUUCCGUAAAGACACGCCUUUUCAAUGUGACUCUGUCUCGGUGGGAGAUAAAUCUGAAAGACUGCAAACAGAAUCCACCCACAUUUCCAGGAGUAAUGGAGCUGUCACUGGCUAAAUCUGACCCCACAGUAACCCUCAGAGGGGCAAUGAUAUGCUGCCCAUCCCUCCACCAGAGUGGAGAGGAGAGUGGGCAGCAGAGUGAGGAGGGGGCCUUAUCUGAUGAUAGCAGUCAUCUUCACUGAAAUGAGAAAAAUAGAGGUCAUUGUGUCACCGUAGCCCCACGGGAUGAAGUGUUUAUAUAUGUGUGCGGGGCGAGCUGAAUCCCUGCGGAGAGAAGGAUGCUGGUAGGAUGCUGAACUGAUUGUCGAUGCUUGGCUGGAGCUGAUGAAGGCUCCCUCCAGGCGAUAUGAAAAAUAUCACGUCCUCCCAUUCCUGCAAACCAGUUAAAUUACAGGUUGCGAUGUGUGGAAGCGCUCUCUCCCUCUCUCACACAUCACAGCAGUCAGAGUUAGUCGUCCCUCACUAUGUAGGUUACUUCCUCUCUGGUUCGCAUGCAUCUCCGGGGCGCAAUGAAGCGAAGCUCAGCCAAGAAGGCGUAAUGCACGGAGAAGGGGGGUAAUCUCGCAUCCAAUCUGAUGUCUCAGCUGCUAAAGUCUCUCCGGUCUCUGGAGGGGUGGGCUACACAUGCUUAUUUUCCCAGACACUUUCCAUCCGUGGCGCGUCUCCGGCUUUGAACGCACUUGGGCUCCGGACACCGGUGGCUACUGACACACUCCCACACACACACCCUCUCUCAUUCACACAGCUUUGCAAAUGCACAGCCCGGGACUGGACUGGCCGGAGGAAUACAGCAUCUGACUGAAAGCGCUGAUGCGUGAAGGAUGUAGAGCCGGAGGUGGGGGCAGGAUGGAGUGCUCCUGGAAGACGGUGUUGCUGCUGGUGUGCGCAUCUCUUGGGGUCCAGUACACGGCUAUCCGGACCCUGAGGGACUCGAUGUCUGGACCCUGUCAGAGAGCCUACCGCUGCAGGAGCAGAUACCACAGAGACUCCAGAUGGGCUGCCUUGUGUGAUGACAGCUGGAUGCCCGUCGAGUUGCCUCAGAAGCAUAUACUGCUUUUUGCGACAACGCGCAGCGGCUCCUCGUUCACCGGACAGCUACUCAACCAGCAUCCCGGGAUCUUCUAUGUCUUUGAGCCCCUUUACCACGUCCAGCAGGCCUUCACCAACUCCAGCAGCAGGUUGCGUCGAACUUUAGACCGCCGGGCCUUGCUUGGAGCCUACAGAGAUCUCCUCUUAAACCUGUACACCUGCGACCUUCACUUCAUGGAGAACUACAUCCGCCCUGAAGCCCAGGAUCACAUCACAAGCUCCUUUUUCCGACGGAGCUCAAGCCAUGCCCUCUGUUCUCCUCCAGUUUGUUUGGAAGGGGCGGUUGCAAUGUCCGAUUCACCUGAUGAAAUCUGGUGUCCUAAGAAGUGCGGGGCUCUGAACCUCACUCUAGCCGCCAUGUCAUGUAUGUCAAGAGGACAUGUAGCCAUAAAAACCGUGAGGAUUCCCGAGGUGGGAGACCUGCGGACUCUGACAGAAGAUCCGCGUCUGGACCUGAAGAUCAUCCAUCUGGUGAGAGACCCCAGAGCCAUCCUCGCUUCCCGCAUCAUGGCGUUCUCUGACCAGUUUCGCGCUUGGAAAAUAUGGAACGCCACUGGACGCCAGCCUCGAUACGUGGACCUCUCGCAGAUCACCAGCACCUGUAAGGACAUGUCUGCCUCUGCAGAAAGUGGCCUGCAGAGACCAGCGUGGCUGCGAGGACGAUACAUGCUGGUGCGGUACGAGGACUUGGCUCUUCACCCAAAUGCCGGGGCGACUGCAAUUUACAGGUUCGUGGGUCUGGAGAUGGAAGACAGGGUGAGGAUGUGGAUAUUGAAAAACACCAACAGCAAUGUGUCGGCUCCCUCUGAGUGGAAUUACAAAUACUCCACCACAAGAAACUCCAGAGCCACGGCAGAAAGUUGGAGGCUUCGUCUCAGCUUUGACAUUGUGAAAACCAUUCAGAAUCUUUGUAGUGACACGUUGGCUCUGCUCGGAUACAAGCAGGUUCAUUCUGCUGCCGAACUCAGAAACUUGUCACAAAGUUUAGUGGAGCACAGAACGUUUCAGCCUGUCGCAUGAUGAUGCAGGAAAUCUGCUUAUUUAGAAAAUGUCUCUAUGCUCAGAUUUUGGUCUGUCAAGAUGCGGAUGAAAUGAAUGUAACUUAUUUGAAUCCUGACUGAUGCCUGAAAUACCUUGCUAUAGUUGGUAAGUUUUUGUUAAAUAUGUCAAAAGUGCCAUUUUUUUACAUGAAGAAAACUGGGAAACAGAAUGAUGCACUAAUGGUGCUACUACUUCUGCUGUAUACCUAUAACACUUAGGCAUUGACCCGGGGCUCAGUUAAGGCUUUUUAAAAUAAUUAGUAUCUCUCAAGAUGCAUCCCCAGAAAACUCUAUGACAUUGUUUUUGCUUAGCCAGUGUUUAAAAAAUUACAGCCUUUGUGUAGCAAUGGUAAGCGAAUUUGGGCCAAGUUCAUAGUUUUUGUUAAUUUAGCAACCCAGAAGUUUCUUCUUCUACAAUUCAGCUCAAAAUUAUUUAUACCUUUAUCAAAUUUAGAUUUAAGGUAAUUUUUUUUAUCAAUAUGUUUCCUCAGACUAAAAGUAACAUCAACAUGUUGUAGUCUAACAUUAAAUCAAAAAUAUGAUGGGGAAUAAUUUUCCAAUUGCAAAGAUUUGGCAAAAGAUAAAUGGUCCAACUUUGUCAGCAUAAGAAGGAGUAUAUCAGUAUACUGCCAAUAAAUCUAUCUAAUUGAUAAUUGAGGAUGCAGACACUUUUUGCCGUGUCAGUUUUUGCUCAAAUGUAAAUUAAACUGAUCAUCUGGGUUUUUGUUUACUCCUCUUAUAUUAUCUUUUUGUUAGUCAGAAGAUAGCUGCGUUAAUGCUGAUUCAAAACAAGCUUUUUAAUUGAAUGACUAAAUGGCUCUGAAUAAUUCAAGCUUAGCUGUAAGUGUUUCUCUUUUUUUAAAAUACCUAAAACAUCAGCAGCUGUAUCGGCUGUUGCAGUUUCUCGUCUGUCUUUGACAUGUGACCUGCUCUGCACUGUGCAAAGCAGAGAACAGCUUAAACUCUGAUCGUCAAAUUUCAAGACGUUUGAGUUUUAUUUAACUUUUAUUAUCACAAGAACAACUUAUCUUAUAGUUUUCUCCGCUGCACAUUAACAACUUUUAGCACACCAAAAUAUUAAAGAGAAUGGACAUGUUGAUGCUAGGCUAGUCUAGCACUCAAGGUUGUGUGUUUUGAUCCAGGUUUAUUUUUAAAAACAAAUGUUUAAUCUACAUGAUUACUUUUGGAGAACUACGGAGAGAACAAUAUAUUUGCUUUCUUAAGCUAGCUAUGUGCUAAAGGAGGGUCUCUAAGCAGCCAGCAGAAUGUCCACCUGGGACAAAAUAUAUAUUCCUGUCAAGAAACAUUAUGCUAUACUGUCCUUAACAUCAUUAGUAGGUGAGUUAAUAUUGAUGGUACUCAAAUUUAUUUCAUGCAUGCAGAUUGCAUCAGUUGUAAUGUGGUUAUUGAAUUAUGACUCAGUAGCAGAAUCUGGCAUGACUCAGACCAGAGUUAGGGAUAAAUAAUCCAGAUCAGGACAGUAAAAAACACUGGGACCAGGUCGUUAUUAAGACCUCACAUCUUCAAGGACAUCAUGUGAAAGAGUAAUGUCAACAGCAAAGCGAAAGCAGGAGUAAAACCUAUUAUUAUUUUAUGCCAGAUGUUUUCCCAGGAUGGAAAUAGGUGUAGAUCACAAACAAGGUCAGAGGCAUGCAGCAUCAGUGCAAUUUUGUAUUUGCAGAAAAGUUCAGGGAUGCAAUGUUUCUUAUUUUCAAACCCAAGCUUUUAAAUAUUCUAAAAUGUAGGAGAUGAUCUGAUCUGUAUUUCAUUAGUUCAACUAGCUUUCUGUCAAGGUGGCUCAUUGUUUUCUCACCAUUAUGUUGAGAGUCCACCUGUCCUGCAAACCAACUUAAAGGAACAGGGAAUGAUAGCAAUGGCUUCCUGUAAUCUCAGAGGGUAAUUAUUCAAAAACGUACCCUGCAAACCUUUUGAACAUUUUAGACAAAGGAGAUAUGUCGUAAAAACCCAAGUAGUCUGUGACAUUUCCUUUGAAAACCUUGCAGACAUUUUACAGCUAGCUCCCAAUUUAAACGUCUAGUUGGCCAGGAGAAGCAAAUGUUCAAAUGCAAAUCCUCCAGAGCGAAAGGUUAUGAAGGCUGGUGAAUGUAGCUCCUUCCUUCUCUUUUCUGUAGAGCUGUAUGUUCCUUUCAUUCAAUAUUUUAGAUGCUUUCAGAUAACUGCAGUAUCAGUUUUAGCAGAAUAAGGAGCGUCAUCUCCCUUUGCAGUGUGUUGAAAAUAAAACACAGCGAUUUCCACACCGUAUUUUCUGCAUUAUGUCUCGGCUCCUGUGAGCUGAAGUCAGUUGCUCUCCCUCAUCCCUUCACCUUCAUUUCCAGCUAUAUGAAAUGCCUCUGCAGCACAUAAAAAAUCCCCCGUCGUGAGGUAUGUGUAAACACCAUCUGCAAAAGAAACUCAGCCUGAACUAUCCACACAUUUUUUUAACCAUCUCCAGUGUUUGGUUUUUUUCUUUUGUUUGUUUGUAACAACAGGCUUUGUCUGACAAUUUUAAAAAAUUACAGAAAUGGCGAAAAGGUCAGAAAAUUUUUGUUUUACAAGAUGAAAACGUUCUAUCCCUGAGAAGGGGGAUGUAAGAUCUCAGAACUGAGCUUGCCAGAUUUGAAGCAUCGCCAUGAACAAAUAACCAUUGAAUAGAUAUUGAAAAUUCUGCUUUCUGUGAAAACUGGAUGGUGAAAAAAUGUUAACAAAGACACAUCUACUGUUGUUUUUGAGUUUUUUUGAGGUUGUCCAAAUGGAAUUACAAAGAAUUAAAAAGCCCAACUUUACGUUACGAGCAUGUGAAUAAAUCUGUUUUGUCUUCACUAUCAAUAGUAAUCUCAACUUUGUUUAGGGCUGUAAGAGUGCCAAAGCUAUGUGCUGGACAUGUUUACACAUUGUAUACUAGUAUUUAUUUGAGAGUUUUGAUUAAAUAACUGCUAAUUAUUUCUGA